AUGAGCAGCUCACCCCGAUUUAACACCCUGGUACUCGCUCUCACAGAUCUCGACCCGGACUCUAUGCGUCCUUUUCUUACAAGGCUUCUCCUCACCGGUCAUACUAAGAACGUGGCCGAUCCGUACACAACAGAAAUACAACGCCUCGACAAAGCUCUCUCGCAGCUUCAAGCCUUAGCCUCAAUAACACUGGCCAGACCGUACGAGCCAUUGGCCAAUAGUGCGCCUUUACUGCUGGCGGAAGGCGUGCUGGACUCCAUCGUCAACUUACCCAACAUAAUACAACUCUCGCUAAACAUCGACAACUAUUACCUCGACCGAGUACCGAACCUUCACAAGCUGACUCACUUGCGGAUUUCCGGCUUCUCGCACAGCACUCCGGAGGGAACAGAACUGGCGUUCACCCGGAUGUCAAGUCUGCAAGAACUGCACAUCCAUCCUUCCGGCAACAUCAUGCGCGAGCCUUUCUUUCACUGCGGUGGAGACCCGAUGCAAAGUAUCACACCGAGGGUCAUAGCGAGAAUGCAACCAUUGAGAGUGCUCAUGAUCAUGGACCCGCCUGAAGCAACAAAGGACAAGUCCCCUUUCCUCACAACGGAGAUGUUCGAUGCUAUUGCGGUGAAACAUGGUCCCCACCUCAAGCGAUUGACGGUUGGCUCGCUGCAUGUGAUCUCGGGGGCUGCGGUGGACGCGAUGAAGAGUCUACUGAGGGCGACAGCACAGCUGAUAAGACUUACCUUGGCAUUUCCCGAGGCUGCAAGGAGGGACAUCAUUGAAGCUGCAGUCACGAUGAAUCACCUCACGGAAAUGGGGAUACUGGUGGUGGAUCAGGCGGAGGCAGAUGUUGCUUUCGAGCAGCUAGAGAUGGCUGGGCAAAGGGGACCAUUGAAGGCCCUGAGGGAAGUCACGUUCUUGAUACCAGGUGAUGCCCAUUGUGUCAUCGCAAGAUCAGCAGAGGUCACGCAAAGUCGUCGAUACACACUCAGGUCAACUCAGUCCUCGUCUUCCGCUCACGCCCAGAGUCCGCAGCCCGUGGACCAACACCGGGAACCGCAGCUCAAGGUUAUGUGGCGUCGCUGGCAACCGUUCGAGAGCGACAUCCACGACAAGUGA